UAUCCAGUCAUUCAAGUUCUAUAUUUUUGAAGAAAAACGAAGGAAACAAGCUAGCUUCCUCACUGAAAAUGGAUGCUAAGAAGCCCUUCGUCGCCGUUCUUCUCAUACAAACCAUAUAUGCUGGCAUGUUCUUGGUCUCCAAGGCUGCAUUUAAUGUAGGUAUGAAUAAUUUCAUCUUCGUCUUCUACAGACAGGCCGCAGCAACUGUUUUCUUGGUUCCUCUUGCCAUCAUUUUUGAGAGAAAAAAUGUGCCACCACUCUCCUUCGUGACCUUCUGCAAAAUUUUUAUGCUUUCUCUAUUUGGGAUUACUUUAAGCUUGGAUGUUAACGGUGUUGCCCUCAUUUAUACAUCUGCAACUUUGGCUGCUGCAACAACAAAUUGCCUUCCUGUCAUUACCUUUUUCUUGGCCGUUUUACUCAGGAUGGAAACUGUGAAGUUGAGGACAUCCUCUGGCAUGGCAAAGAUUGCAGGUGUUUUAAUCUGCAUAGCAGGUGCUGCAACAAUAGCAUUUUACAAGGGCCCCCAUUUGCAACUCAUGUUACAUCAUCACCUUUUUGGACACCAUAACAGCCACGAACAUCAAUCUCAUGUAAGCUCUGGUGCAACGUGGGUGAAGGGAUGCUUACUCAUGCUCAUGUCCAACACCUUCUGGGGCUUGUGGCUUGUAUUGCAGGCUUACAUCAUGAAAAGCUACCCUGCAAAGCUUCUGCUGACAACCCUACAGUGCCUUUUGAGCUCAAUUCAAUCGUUUUUCAUUGCUAUUGCUUUGGAAAGAGACCCUGAUCAGUGGAAGCUGGGCUGGAAUGUGAAACUCGGAGCUGUAGCCUACACGGGAAUUGUUGUGACAGGUGUUACAUACUACCUACAAACAUGGGUCAUCGAGAAGAAGGGGCCUGUUUUUCUAGCCAUGUCCACACCAUUUGCCCUAAUCAUUACUAUAUUUUGUUCAGCAAUUUUCUUAGGCGAGGCCAUUAGUUUGGGAAGUAUCUUAGGUGGGGUCUUGUUGGUUGGAGGGCUAUAUAGUGUUUUAUGGGGGAAGAGCAAAGAACAGAAGAUGGAAAAAACUUCUUCGACAGGCCAAGCUGAGAAGGAAACAGAGCUUAAAGAAGAAGUGGCUGCUCAGAGUCCACCCCCACCAUUUUUUGUGUAAUGUGCAUGCCCUACAGUUCUUCAAAGGGCAUGGGGACCUCCAAAACUAUAUUGGGACAUCACGCAUUUCAGUACACCCCCCAUCAUCUUGUUUUCAUUUUUGUACGUACUUUUGGGGAGGGGUGGUGAUUGAGUCCAGGAGAUGUGGACUGCGUAGGAAUGGGAGUGUAAGUCAUCUAUGCCAAUGGGCUUGAAACUAAAAGGCUCAGAGGCAACACUGAGAUGACCAUUUUCCCACUGUAUUAAUAUACAAUAAUGGAGCAUAUAUUGUUUCUUCUCAUACCCGUAAAAUAUUUAGUUCUAGAUUUCAGAGAAAUGUUAACCAUAUUAAGUUCCGAUGUAUUGUGAUAGAUGCUCCAAGCAAUUUUAUAAAAUCGUUAGCACUA